AUGGGUAAAAGAGCUCAAAUAAAAAAACAAAUAACAAAACUUGAUAUGUUUGGAUAAAAAAUAGGACUUCUUUAUAAAGAGAAACCCUAACAUUUGACCUUUUUUGGAGGUUUUAUUAGUUUGCUCAAUGCAGGAUUAUUUAUUUUUGUUGCUUAUUCAUAUGGAGCAGAAUUAUUUUUAAAGUAAAAUCCUGUCACAAAUUUUUCAGAAGAAAGCUUAAGGUAGCCAGAAUAAUACAUUAUGACUCAUUAAACUUUUAGUAUGGCAUUUGGUAUGUAAGAUCCAAAUACUUUUGAUUAAUUUAUAGAUGAAUCUAUCUACAGUAUUAAAGUAAUAGCCUCAUAAAUGAUCAAAGUAUAUAAUUAAACUACAGGUUAGUACGAUUAGGUUUGGAGCGAAGAAGAUCUAGGACCAUAUCCUUGUAAAUUAUCUGAUUUUUAGGUAGAAGGAAGCUUAGAAUACUUUUAGUAAUUAUCAGGAUUAGAUUAAAUGUAUUGCUUUGAUCAAUCUGAUGGUAAAGCAAGCAUCGCUGGAGACUUUGAAGCAGACUUUUUUUAAGUCCUUGACUUUUCUGUAUACUAAUGCUAAAAUAAAACUGAUGAAGAAGCAGCUUAACUUAUAAAAAAUGGAUAAAAGGUAGUUGUAUGCAAGAGUUAAGAAGAUAUAGAUAGUGUUCUUAUGAAUGGAUACUUCGCUGCAUACUAUACAGACAAAGUUAUCAACCCUAAAUUGAGAGAUAAUCCAUUUACUACUUUUCCUAGAGAUAUCUUUUGGCCUACUUCUAACAAACUUGUGAAAGAACUUACCAUGUAUUGGCGCAAUGUUUACAUUGAAAGUGAUAUGGGUAUUAUUAAUGAAGAUAUCUAAAUUCUCAGAGAUGUCACAUUUUCUUACUCAACUGAGUAACUCACUUAUGGUUAGAAUAACAAAUUUGUGCAUAUGAUAGUAAGAUUUGAGAAAGCAAAGCAAUCAAGGUAUUUCAGAUCUUAUAUGAAAAUAUAAGAUGUUUUAGCUCAAAUCUCAGGUGUUAUGAGUCUAUUUAUGGUUAUUUCAGCAUUUAUCUGUUCAAAGAUAAGUAAAUUAGACUUAAGUCAAAGCCUAGUAAAUGAAGUAUUUUCAUUCUAGAGUUUAGAAGAUGAAAUUUAAGAAUAAAAUAUUAUGAAAGAAUAAAAAAAUGAGAAAACAUAAAAAUUAGUUAAAAAAUUCACAAACAGAUUAGUUGAACUCAAGAAAAAUCGAGAGAAAUAAUAAUUAUCUCCUAUUAGCAACUAAAAUAAGGAGUAAUUGAGUUUUUCACAACACAUAAGAAGUUUUGACUAGCAAACUCCAUCAGAAAACAACUCUUAAAAUAGGAAAAAGGAGCAUAGCGAAAUUAUUUCUCAGUUUAUUAAAAACUACAAGAGGGAGAUUUCUUUAAAGCCUUAAGAAAAAGAAGAAAAAAUGGAAGAAAAUCUUAUUUCGAAACUUUUUAAAGCUACUCAUCAAGUGAUUCACCUGUAUUACUUUGAUUAUUUUUUGUAUUAUAUAUUUCCCUGCUUUAAAACUAUCUCUAGAAAGAAAAAGUAAAUUGAAUAUAGUUAGAAGAUUCUCGAUAAGCAUUUAGAUGUAAUGUAUCUUAUAACCAAAUUAUUGGAAAUAGAUAAGCUCAAAAUGCUAUUACUAUCAGAAGAUCAAAUAAAAUUAUUUAAUUAUCUCCCUAAACCUACUAUUAGAGAAAGUGAGGUCUUCAAAUAGGAGUAAAAAUGUUAAAAAGUAGGUGGAAAGGAUAACUAAGAAAACCAACCCUAAUAAGAUAUAGAUUAAGCAAACUAAAACAAAAAAUAUCUCUAGAUUGAAAAAUUUAAUUUGUUGUAUAUGGAUGAUAGGACAGAAAUUUAAAAGGCAGCUGAUGCCUAUUCUGCUUUUAAUUCUUUGAAAAAGCAUUAACAAAGAACUGAAAUAGAUACUAAAUUAUUAAUGAUGCUAGAUCCGAAAAUAUUGGAUUGCUUCCUUGAUGAAAAUGAGAUUAAAUAGUAUCACAAUACUCUUAAUACCUAAUUAAGUGAAAGUUAGUAGCUAAAGCAAUAACCUUCUUCUCCUCUUUCAAAGUUUUCAUCUAUCAUUUAAAACUUAAGGGUAAAAUAAUUGAGCUAAUUUUCUCCUAACAAAGAAGACAAUGAUUAAUCUUUAUUUAAUAAAAAUGACGAAAAUUACAUACUCAAUUUUUAGAGUUCUCCUGUAUCGAGCCAAAUUAAUUAAGAAGGAUAAUUAGAAGAUGUAAUCAUAGAAAGCACAAACAAUAAUUUGCUAUAAAGUUUUAAUAAUAAAGCUUUUUAGUAAUAAAAUAAAGACUUUAAUUAGAAAGGAGAUAAAAACAACUAUUUACCUUAAUAUAAUUUAAAUUAUUAGUUUAAAGAAGAUAAACUUGAGGUUCCUUCAAAAAAAAAUUGUACUGAUUAUAAAGAAAUAGAUUUAGAAAUAAUUUCUGACAUAAAGAUACCUUUAGAAGAAUAAAAUCCAAUUUAAUAAAAUUCAUUCAUUCCAGAUAGUAAGCAGAUAAGAGUUAAAAAGUUUACUACUACUAAAUCAUAAUAACAAGAUAAGUGA